AUGGCAUCCCCUCUGAGAAGUGGAUAGUAAAUUUUGACAAAGACCUUUUAGAUGGCCUUGUUUUUGCAACACAGUUGGGAGCCUAUUGCCCGUUUUUGAUUGAGUCUCAUUUUAUAAAUAUGUACACACGACCAAAAAGCCCUGAACAGUACUUGCAUAAUGGCCUGAUAAUUGUAAAUGCUCUUCUUGAAAUUGGCUUUAACAUGGACAUACAGGCCUCUGACAUCUAUGACCCAAAUCCAAUCCUGAUGCUCAUGCUUUGUGUCUACAUGUAUGAAAGACUCCCUACAUACCUCCCAAAGAAGGUGGUUCCCUUUCAUUGUACUCUACAUGACACUGUGCUGACACAGGUUCUACUGACAAAUUCAAGCUUGAAAAAUUUAGUGUAUAAUGCUAAAAUUGUUGGAAGAGAUGCCAUUGACUUCUCUCUCUCCCCAAUGGAAAAUGCUGUGACAAUUUCUCCAAAAAAGCAAAUUAAUAUCACUGUGAAAUUCACCAAUCGCUUUCUUCAUCCUGCUGAAGCUUCACUGCUAUUAAUUUCAAAGCCCAAGAAUGCAGUAGGAGGAGUUUCAAUGACUUUUGCCCUUAGAGGUGAAGUCCACAAUUUUAAAGGCAUUGAAAUUAUAAAAUGCAAAAGCCCAUGUUAUCAAUGGAAGAAAGUCACUGUGAAUGUGAAAAACCCCUUCCAAACUGCUGGGGACUUCAGUGUCAUUUUGGUGGAAUCAUCAACAUUUGUCUCUUCGCCAUUGCAAUUAAUUAAGUCCAGGCAAUACAUGACCCACAAUGAUUGUGUGAGCAGCAGUGAAUGUGAUACCGCUCAGGGCUGUUCCCAUUUCCCACAUGCCUUUAAAACCUCAAUUAAGUCCACUUUCAUCAGAGAGUUCUUCUGCUCCGUGCAUACUAUUUACCUGGGAGUGAAAGGAACUUCAAGCCUGGAACUCUUCUUUCUUCCCUUUAACAUCCACAUGCGCUACUGUGUCAUCAUUUUGAGCAACAAAAAGAUUGGAGAAUUAAUAUAUGUUGUGGAAGGAUUAGGUAUGAUCCCCUUACCUUCCAGUUUCUUUCCAAUGAAUUCUUCUUCAAAUCCAAUUGACUACAGCAGUACUCCAGAAGAAGGAUUUAAGAAGGAAAAUCCAAUUCUGUAUUUAAAAUGCAAACUCUGUCAAAUCCUGGAUGUGGAACUUAAAUUGCCAAUGACUAAUGAAGCCAAGGAAAAGGCUUUGGCUUUUGCAGCACAGAAACAGAUGUCAAAUAUCGAGUAUGAGCGAAGGUUGAUCACAGGCACUCUGGAGAGCAGUAGUAUCCGCGUAGCCAUUGCCCUCCUGGGGCUGAACAAAAUCGAGUCUCUUAUGCUCUUUAAUACCUCAAAGUUGAAGAGGCCUAAGUCUGUUUUAUAUGCAACCGAAGUGAGUCUUCCAGGACAUUUUGAUAUUCCCAAGAAAAUCUACAUUCCUCAGAUUCUGGAACCCAAAGCUAAAUUGACUCAAUCUCAAGAAAUUAAAUCAGAUGGAUCUGUUUCGGUUCCUUUACGAUUUGUUCCUCUUGGUCCUGGACGCUACCCUUGUAAAAUUUUGUUGACAUCAAAGUAUGAUGUGCGUGUCUAUUACAUUGAAGGUGUGGUGAAUGAAGAACAACCAGAAGCCAGAUUUGAGUUUGAAACACCAGCGUUUAAAGCCCUUACCCAGAAUAUUCCAAUAAAAAAUCAGUCAAAGCAUGAAUGGAAAUAUCAGGUCACCAUAGAAGGAAAAUGGUUUUAUGGACCUUCUAUUUUAAGUGUUGGACCAGAGGAAACUGCGCAAUAUCCUCUCACAUUCAAACCUAUUUUGGAAUGUGAGAUUAUGGGUAAACUUAUUCUAGAAAAUGAAGUGGAUGGUAUGGAGCAUAUCUUUGUCAUAAAAGGGGUUGGAAAAACACCUGUGGCCUUGGAACACAUCACUGUGGAAUGUCAAGUGGGGAAAAUAACUGAUAAAUACAUAACGCUGCCUGAUUAUACAAACACUAUCUCAACAUUAGAGGUAUCUUCAGAUCUUCAAAUAGUGUGGGGAAAUCGAUACAUUACCAUAGACCCUGAUCAUGCAACUACAUACAAUCUAUAUGUGCGCCCUUGGAAACGUGGUGUAUUCAAAGGAAAUGAAUCCCUGAUUAAUCUGGCAUCUUGUACCUGUGUUGUAGGUGCAAUUUCAUUUUCUGUUAAAAGCAGACAAGAUGAUGAUUCUCAGGAAGACAUCCAUGAAGAUCUAAAAUCUUCUUUUAAUCAAUCAGUAACAGACCUAUUCCCUAUUUUUUGUGAUGGAAACUCAGAUGAUGAUGUUAGCAAUUUGAAAUUCUGGUAUAAUCUUGAGAUCCACAGCACUCCUGGACCACCUGUAGACAUUAUUGAAAUGAAUUGUUUGGCUCUGGACACUAUCUGCAUUGAAAUACCUCUCUCCAAUCCAGAAGAUAGAAUUAUUCGCUUAGAUGUCCAAUUAAUGAGUGCUGCUCUUAGUGGAGACAACAAAAUUGUACUGAACCCAAUAGAAUCCAUCAACUAUGUUGUAUGGUAUUCUCCAGCAACUAUAGGCCAUAGAGAUGAAAGCAUUAUUUUCCAGCCUGAAAUGGCUGAAGAGUUCUGGUAUUUACUGCGAUUAACUAUUGAAUUACCAAAGCCAAUUGUAAUGCCUGAAAUAAAGUGUGACCUUGGCAAGUAUGUCACUCAGACCAUUCCCUUAGUUAAUCCUACACAUGAAACCUUAGAAUUACAAGCAACAAACAGUAAUCCUGAAAAUUUUGUCCUGGAUAUUAACAAAAAAACACAACUGAUCAUAACUCCUCACUCCACCACAGAGUUACCAGUUCGCUUUUAUCCUUCUGCCCUUGGAAGAACUGGUCAUCAAGCUUGUAUUAACUUCUACGGUACUCAGUUUAAUGAAUGGAAAGUCUACCUCGCUGGAAUAGGAAAAUUCCCCCAGCCUCUAGAUACAGAAAGACUAACUGCAUACAUUGGUCUUCAGUCAUCUGUUGUUAUAACUUUCAAAAAUCCCACCAAGGAAGAUGUUUUAGUCAAUAUCAUUCUAACAAAUCAGGGACAGCCCAGACAUCUUGUCAUUGACCAGUGCUGGGAUAGCUUCAUCUAUGAGAAUUCUGCCUUCAGGCUUAGUGCUCUGAGUGAAAUGCAAGGAAUUGCAUUGCCUCCCAAAGGAACCAUAGAUAUCCCAUUGCUAUUUAUGCCCAGAGUUAUGAAAUUACACAAAACAAUGGUCAUUGUUCAGAUGGUGAAAGCAAACAAAAUAAAAUGGCCUAUUGAUAAUUUUGAUGAAUUGGAUACAGAGACAAAAAGAAUUAUGGGAAUCAACAGUGGAGAAAUCCAAGCAAUACACUGGAUAUACCCUUUUCUUGGACUCCCACAGGCACCACCUCCUAAAUCUCAACAAGUUGUCAUAAAAUGUCAGUCCAGAAAGCGUGUAGAAGAGAAAGUAGAAGUCACACUGACUGGUAAUUUUUUUGGACAUAGUCCUACCCCAAAAAAGACAGAAUUUUUAGUGAUUCCAAAAAGCAAUUCAUUUAAUGUCCACAAUGAUUUCAAAGAAAUGCCUGAAACACGUGAAUUUGAGUAUGAAGUUCUAUUUGAGUCUGAAGCUAUAAAAUGUAACUUGGAACCCUGUGUGACUUUAUAUUUGAUCAAUAAAACUUAUAAUAUCCAUGAUGAAAGGAUAACAUUGAUCUUCAAUUUGGUAUUUACACCAAAGAAACCAUUGAGGUCUCAAAUUACACUGAAAAUAGAGUGUAUAACAGAUGGAAUAUGGAAGUUUCCCAUUAUGUUGGUUGCUACUGAGCCUGACGUGGAUAAGGUCAUUGACAUUAAAGGAGAUGGUUUAUUUAAGGAAUCUGUUGUUGACUUUAGACUGACAAGUCAGACAAGAGCUUCUGAGCCAUUCACCGCAUACUUCUUACCUGGUAGUGAUCCGGAGUUUUUUGUAAAACCUCAGGUUGGAGAACUUCUUCCUUUUACUGCAAAAGGAACUCUCAUUGUUGUGGGAUUUAAACCUCGGAUGUACAGUAAGAAAUACAAAGCAACAUUAGCAAUACAGACAGCAGAAAUGUACUACUUGUAUGAGGUCAAUGGUUUACCUCAAGCAACCCGGCCACCGAUGAAAGUAAAAGCCAAAAUUGAUACUAAUAACAAGAUGUAUGACAACAUGCCAAUUCAACAACACAAUUUUAUCUCUGAAAAUGCUAAACUCAUAAGGACAGGAGUGUCUUCUACCAUCAAGGGUGCUCCUUUGGUGAUGAAGAACAAAUAA